AACCCCAAAAACCCAGACUUUAAUCAUCAUCUGUUUGAUUCCGUUGCUCUUUUAAUCAGGAGGGCUUGUGAGCAAGACCCAUCUAUUAUUUCAGCUUUUGAAACAAGCUUAUUGCCCAUCCUACAGGUGAUCUUAUCGAGAGAUAUUACUGAGUUCUUCCCUUAUGCAUUCCAGCUGCUAGCUCAGCUUGUGGAAUUCAAUCGAUCUCCUUUACCAGGGAAUUAUAUGGAUAUUUUUGCAAUACUCCUUCUUCAAGAUUCAUGGAAAAAGUCUGCUAAUGUACCUUCUCUUGUCCACUUGCUCCAGGCCUUCCUUAGGAAGGCUCCACAUGAGUUAAAUCAGCAGGGGUGUUUAUCCAAUAUUCUUGGAAUAUUUAAAAAUUUAGUUUCAUCUCGGAAUACUGCUGAACAAGGAUUUUAUGUGCUCAAUACUGUGAUUGAAAAUCUUGGUUAUGAUGUUGUCUCUGCCCACAUUAGCCAUAUAUGGUUUACCCUGUUUCAGCGGCUUCAGAAUAACAAAACAACGAAGAUCGUUAAGUCUCUUAUUAUAUUUAUGUCACUUUUUCUGGUGAAGCAUGGUCCUGAGAAACUUGUUGGCUCGAUAAAUGCUGUGCAGCCCGAUGUCUUCUUCCAAAUUUUGGAGAAAGUUUGGAUACCUGACCUUAAGUCAAUCACGGGUUCAAUGGAGCUGAAGUUAGCUUCAGUAGCGUCAAUUAGGAUCUUAUGUGAGCCUCUGCCACCAUCACAUUCAGAACUUUGGGGAAAAAUGCUUGACAGCAUUGUUACACUCCUUUCACGUCCAGAGGAGGACAGAGUGGAAGAGGAGCCUGAGGAACCAGAUUUUAGUGAAACUAUUGGUUCUAAUGCUGCACGGUUCCAGUUGCGCAAUGCUGGCAGGAAAGAUGAGGAUCCUCUGCCAGACAUCAAAGAUCCAAAGCAAUUUUUGGUCGCAUCUUUAGCAAAUCUUUCUUCUCACUCACCUGGAACAUUGCCUCGGAUUAUUGCAGGAAAUCUUGAUCCUGCUAAUCAAGCUGCUUUACUUCAACUUUGCGACACCUACAACGUCACCAUAGUUUGA